UCUUUGAAUAAAGAAAGGGAACAAAAUAAAUUAUAGAUGGAGAAAAGGAAAGCCAGAAGGAGAAACAGCUAGUGCCAACUGACAACCUCUUCUCAAUCUUCCACUUGACAUUUCCCCAUUCCCACAACACAACACCCAUCAUUUGCUUUCUCUCUCUAGAUUUGAGUUAUUGUUGUGUCUGCCAUGGCAUUGGCUAUGAACCAAUCAAGGGCUGUGUUGUUAAGGGUGAGUUUGGUGGUGGUGGCUCUCUGCAUAGCAGGCUACAUAGUGGGGCCCCCUCUCUACUGGCACUUCGUUGAAGGCUUGGCUGCCCUCAAACACUCUUCCUCUGCUUGUGCUCCCUGCAUCUGUGAUUGCUCUUCCCAACCCAUCCUUUCCAUUCCCCAAGGGCUGAGCAACUCUUCCUUUGGAGAUUGUGCAAAGGCUGAUCCAGAAGUGGGUGGAGACACUGAAAAGAACUUUGCAGAGCUAUUGACAGAAGAACUAAAGCUACGUGAGAAUCAAGCCGUGGAAAAUCAGCGACACGCUGACAUGGCACUACUUGAGGCGAAGAAGAUUGCAUCUCAGUAUCAGAAGGAAGCAGACAAGUGUAACUCAGGGAUGGAAACCUGUGAGGAGGCGAGAGAGAAGGCUGAGUUGGCAUUAGUUGCGCAGAAGAAGCUAACGGCUCUGUGGGAACUCAGAGCUCGUCAGAAAGGGUGGAAGGAAGGGCUUGCCAAAUCUCAUACACACUCUCAAGGGAAGGUACAGAGUUCUUAGAUACUAAGUGGCAUGGUCUCCAUGCAGGUGAGUGGUUGCAUAAUAGUUUUCAAACAAGUGAGUUUUAGUGCUGGUAAUAGCAAAUUAUGAUUGCUCUCAUGUGUUCAUGAAAGAUCAAGUGUAAAAUAUGAAUGUUGUUGUAUUUCUAUCAUUCAAUUUUGAGUAUUGAUUCCACGUGUAUCACCGUUAAAAGCUAGCAAUUGUUACAAGUUUGGAUAAACUUUUACAUAAGUAAUAUUUAAUGAC